CUCAGUGUUUACGUUCUGAUGCUCACAACAAAGGACAGCGCACCGCGGAGAGCCUGUCAUUUAAAAUAAGACGCCGUGGAUAUUUUGUCUUACGGUGAGCGUUUGUAACUCACAACUCCAGGAAAAGGAGAAGAAAUACCCCAAACCCUCACUGGCUUAUUUUUUUUUACGUGGUGCGGUUUUACUUCUUUUUUGGUAAACCAGCCUAGAGGGGUGAAAUUAAGACGAAAUCUCCUUUUUUUUUAAUGCCGGUGGAGCGUUAGCUAGCUUGCUAGCCUCAGCAAGUUGGGACAGCCAGUCAGCAGCUGGUGGAGAAGCUAGCAGUCCGGUCAGCCACACCGAAGACAAUACAAAGACUUCAUCAUUUAUAUCGCAGGCAGGACAAGUGGCGCUGCGAGAGACGGACACAUGAAGCAUGAGAGGGUGGAGCUGAGGCUCAGCUGACCCUUCCCCUUCCUUCUCCUCCUUUCCCCCGUGCUCCAUUUCGAUCAGCACCUCCCCCCUCCCUUCCCCUCCUUUCCCCUUCCUGUCUCCCUCGCCCUGCUGGAUCUCACCUCCCCUCCUCCUCCGAGCCUCAAUCAGCCGUGCCCAAUGUACUCCCCGGAGCAGGAAAACAUCUCCACCACCUCCUCCACCAAAGUGCCAGUGAAGUACGGAGAGCUCAUUGUGCUGGGGUACAAUGGCUCUCUGCCCAACGGGGACCGAGGCCGACGUAAAAGCCGCUUUGCACUUUGCAAGAGACCGAAGGCAAACGGGGUGAAACCCAGCACAGUUCACGUCGCCUGCUCUCCACAGGCAGCCAAGGCCAUAAGCAACAAAGACCAGCACAGCAUCUCUUACACUCUGUCUCGAGCCCAGACGGUGGUGGUGGAGUACACCCAUGACAGCAAUACAGACAUGUUCCAGAUCGGUAGAUCGACAGAGAGUCCCAUAGACUUUGUAGUGACGGACACGGUGGCGGGCAGCCAGAGUAACGCGGACACCCAGUCGGUCCAGAGCACCAUCUCCCGCUUCGCCUGCCGCAUCAAGUGCCAGCGCACGCCGCCUUACACCGCACGCAUCUACGCCGCAGGCUUCGACUCCUCCAAGAACAUCUUCCUCGGGGAGAAGGCCGCCAAGUGGAAGACGUCCGAUGGUCAAAUGGACGGGCUGACCACCAACGGCGUGCUGGUGAUGCACCCUCGAAACGGCUUCACCCAGGACUCCAAACCGGGUGUCUGGAGGGAGAUCUCAGUCUGCGGAAACGUCUUCACCCUGCGGGAGACCCGCUCGGCGCAGCAGCGAGGAAAGAUGGUGGAGACUGAGAGUCAGGAGCUGGUCGACGGCUCCCUCAUCGACCUUUGCGGCGCGACCUUGCUGUGGCGUACUGCUGAAGGCCUGUCGCGCACUCCCACCCUCAAACACCUGGAGGCACUGCGGCAGGAGAUCAACGCAGCCCGCCCGCAGUGCCCCGUGGGCUUCAACACGCUGGCCUUCCCCUCCAUGCGUCGCAAAGACACGCCGGACGAGAAGCAGCCCUGGGUCUACCUCCAGUGUGGCCACGUGCACGGCUACCACAACUGGGGCAACCACCUGGAGGAGCGGGAGGGCCGGGAGGGCCGCCACAGGGAGUGCCCCAUGUGCCGAGCGAAAGGGCCGUACGUGCCGCUGUGGUUGGGCUGCGAGGCGGGCUUCUACGUGGACGCCGCCCCGCCCACUCACGCCUUCAACCCCUGCGGCCACGUUUGUUCAGAGAAGACGGCGGCCUUCUGGAGUCAGAUCCCGCUGCCGCACGGCACACACACCUUCCACGCCGCCUGCCCCUUCUGUGCCCAGCAGCUGACUGGUGAGCAGGGCUACGUCAGACUCAUCUUCCAGGGACCCCUCGACUAGCAGGGGAGACCUCCCAGCAUCCUUUGGGUGAGGCAGAGCGGGGCGUUUUUUUGUUUGGACCCUGCGUUGAGAACGGGAGCGACCCUGAUUUGUUUUCCUUCCUCUGCGGUUACGAUAUAAACCUUCUCCUGGACUUUUUGUCGCUGUCUCAUAUUUAAGUGACCUUUGUAUUGCUUUUUCAUGAAUGACAACAAAGAUUUCUAUAUUUUCACGUGAAACCAGAGACACAAAAACCAAACAAAGAACACUGCUGGGUAAACUUUUUGUUUGUUUCUCGGAAAGAACGUUCAGCAUCAGUAUUUUUCAGAAGUACUAACACACCGUAGCGCAGACAUACGGUUUUAAUCCAUGUUUAUUGUUGCAAUAUACAUCUGUGUACAUCUCUUAGAGCUAAUUUAAACAAAGAUGUUUAUUUAUGGCCCGAGAACCAUCGCUUCAUCCUUUAUCUGUCAGAUAUGUCUAACUUCAAUAAUAUUUAGCAUUUUAAUUUGAAAUACAGUAUAUUGUUAAUCAGAUAUAAAGUUCUAGGUGUGUUCUGAGGGUUUCGUUCUGUGUCUUUCCCCCAUGUUCACCUCGCACAUCUGUUUGUCGUAUUUAUACACCCCGUCCUCUGGCGUGCUCUCACUUUGUGUGUUAACCCUUCAGUUAUACUUCACUCUCAUUAGGCAUCGCCACGGCCUUUUCACAUUCAAAGCAAUAGAUUUGGAACGGAAACCUCCUAAAGCAUUAUGGGAAACUGAGUAUUCUUGGCGUCUGUGUAAGGCUCAGGCAGCCUGAGCGACUGCUCCCUCCCUUUAAAGUCCAAGUGAAGCUUUUCUGUGGGUGAGUGAAUCUUUUGUGAUCACAAGUUAGCCAUGAUGCUAUGUAGCUAAUGUCACACAUCGUGCACACACACACACACACACACACACAAUCUAACUAGACCUGGUCAAAUACUUUCCAUUAUAUAAACGUGCACAGAGGUAAGAUAAGAACACACAAGAUGUUAUUAAAGUGGCUAAAAGUGCUCUUUGGGGCUCACCUGCACAGUUACAGCAAGAAUAAUGAUCAUUAUUCUGCCAGCUACAGUAUCCUGAUCAGUCUCAGCAACGAGCUGAGAAAUAAUUAACUUUUGGCAUCUUACAGCAACAUCCUGACUGUUUUUAACUCUACAGGACAUUUAAAUGAAAACUGUCACUCCAGCCAGCUAUGAAUAGAGGCUUAUUUUGAAAAAAGCUGCUUUACUGCAGCAUGUCAGGCGUGAUUUUAAAGUCAUGGGCUGAGGUCCUGAACACUUCCCCUCGACCUCCAUGGAAAGCGUCAUGAGGUCAAGGAAAGAUGUGAAGGAUUCUCAGGAAAAGACAUCCGAGCUGCAAGAGAAUCCGACUGCGUUACACCAGGCUACAUAAUUAUGCAACAGCGGGUGUUAAAUGGUGUGUUGAUUCUCUUCCUCUCACCUGAAGUGCACCUGUGCAGGAAGUCCCAUCCGCCUGAUCCAUGAAGCAACAUAACAUCAACAUAACACAUUUAAGAAAAAGACAACUGUAGCUGUUUGACUCAGGUUUGAUGACACAAACACACAAACACGGCUUCAAGCUACAACAUCCUCUCUGUAGAUGUGAGCGUAUUCAUCAUGGCUUCAUAUCGAUUUGGGCUUUCCGAACAGUGGACCCCCAUGGAGCAUUUCAGGGGUGACUAACUCUGUGAUUGAGUACAAAAUAUCAUGGCUUUCUAAUCACAAUCAUUAGGGCUUAACGAUUGUUUUUAUGUCAAAAUCACAGUUUAAGAGAGUUUAAUUUACUGUGGUUUAACAAGCUGCAGGAGUGGUUUAACUGGUGACUGCUAAGCUCACCAGCUGUAUUGACGUGUCACCAACAGAUCAAUUUCUGAUAAAUAUGGUUCAAGUAUAUCCCGUUUUAAACUACGUAGACCCCAAAUACAGGCCUGUAAUUUAAUUUAAUGUUAAUUCUGUGAGACGGUCAAACAACAAACAGAAACUUUUGCCUGUCGGUUGGUUAAUAUGGUCUCUGCAUGCAGGUCCUCCCAAACCAGACAGUCAGAGAAAAGUUAACCUCUUAAUAACCUGGUUCAUUUUCUAUAGUUUUUCAAUCACAAGAACUCUGAUUAACUUAUUUCUCAUAUGAACAGACAAGAUCAUGCUUAGUACAUGUGUUUAAAACUAUGCAUACAUACAUAAAGGCCUGGAGUUUCAUUUAUAGAAAAAAUGUUGUGUGAAAAGAAACCGAAUGUGAUGAUUUGCAAAACACUGAAGCCGCAUAUUUAAUUUAAAAAAGACAACAUCUCAAAUGUUGAAACUAAGAAAUGUCACUGUUUUUUAAAAUGAGAUCCUCAUUUAGAAUUUUAUGCCAGCAACACGUUUCUAAAACGUUGGAAUAGUGGCAACAAAAGACAUGAAAAGCCGUGAAAUGCUGAAAGGAAACACCUGUAGGUGCAUCUCACAGUUAAUCAGGUUAACGGGCAACAGGUGAGGAACCUGAAUGGGUAUAAAAAGAGCCUCCCAGAGAGGGGGAGUCUUUGUGAAGUAAAGAUGGGAGGCGUUCACUAUUCUGUGACAGACUGCGCUGCCAAAUACUGCAACAAUUUAAGAAUAAUGUUUCUCAAUGUGAAAUUGCAAAGAAUUUGGGGUUUCCAUUGUCUGCAGAACAUAAUGUCAUCUGAAGAAAUCUGUUUGCAAGGGACAACGCUGAAAACCGUCUGACGAGUCAAAAUGUGCAUUUGUGCACACGUGUGAAGGCUCCAUUAAUGCUGAAUGAGUAGAAGACGUGUUUUUCAGGGAAGGCCUCGCUUAUUGCAGGGAGACGAUGCUAAAGCACUCUCUGCAUGUGUUCCAACAGCAGGGCUGCGUAAUCAAGGAGUCCAGCUGCUAAACUGGCCUGCCUGCAGCCCAGACUUUGCACCCAUUGAAAAUGUUUGGUGCAUUAUGAGCCAUAAAAUAUGACAAAGGAGACCCCGACCUGAGCAGCUGAAUUUGUACAUGAGGCCAGAAUGGCAAACAUUUCGCUUUUAAAAAGGCAGCAGUUUGUCUCCUCAGUUCCCAAAAGCUUAGUGUUGUCAGAAGAGGUGAUGCAGCAGAGUGGUGAACAUGACCCUGUCCCAACUUUAUUGAAACGUGUUGCUGCCAUCAAAUUCUAAAU